AUGGAGGAAGUUCAUGUCGCUCCAGAUUAUGGAAAAGCCGAGGAAGAGGAGGAGAGGGAGAGGGGGAGGAGGCUGGUAUUGCCCUCUUGUCCUAAGGUGACUUUGCCUUUGCUUCUUUAUUUCAAAAUGGCUUUCAUACUGCGUGUUUCGGUAAAGAGGAAGAAAAGAUCAAUUGGCGCUACACAAAAAAUGAGGAUUGGCCUUAACAGUUAUAAAGCAGCAAAUAUCCCCUGCAAAUUUCGGCGCACGACAUACAAUGUUCUCAACUUUGGGGCCAAACCUGACGGCAGAACCGACUCAACCAAGUCUUUCCUCGGCACUUGGGCUGCAGCUUGUGGCUCAGUUAAACCGGCCACGAUCUACGUGCCACGGGGAAGGUACUUGCUUCACAAAGCACACUUUGCAGGCAAUUGCAAGAACACUGCAAUAACUAUCAUUAUUGACGGCACCCUCCUAGCUCCCUCAGAUUACCAUGUUAUCGGAAAUGCUCAUAACUGGGUCCUAUUCGAGGGAGUCAAUGGAGUUUCUAUACGUGGUGGGAUGCUUGAUGGCCAAGGGGCUGGUUUGUGGGCAUGCAAGGCCACCGGCAAGAGUUGCCCUAGAGGUGCCACGACACUGGGCUUUACUGACUCAAACAACAUCGAAAUCAAUGGAUUAACUUCGCUAAACAGCCAGAUUUUUCACAUCGUCAUCAAUGGCUGCCACAAUGUCAAGCUGCAAGGAGUGAAGGUCUUGGCUUCCGGCAACAGCCCGAACACUGAUGGCAUUCAUGUGCAAUUAUCAUCAGGCGUCACAAUCUUAAACUCCAAUAUUGGUACAGGUGAUGAUUGUGUAUCAAUAGGUCCGGGCACGACUAACUUGUGGAUAGAGAACGUUGCUUGUGGCCCUGGUCAUGGAAUUAGCAUUGGAAGUCUAGGCAAGGACUUUCAUGAAGCUGGUGUGCAAAAUGUGACAGUUAAAACUGUUACAUUUAAGGGUACAGAGAACGGGAUGAGGAUAAAGACAUGGGGUAGACCCAGCACAAGUUUCGUUAGGGGUGUUCUUUUUCAGCAUGUUAGUAUGGCAAAUGUUCAAAAUCCCGUCAUAAUCGACCAAAAUUACUGCCCAGAUAACAAAAAUUGCCCUGACCAGGUAUCAGGUGUAAAAAUCAGUGACGUUACAUACCAGGACAUCCAUGGAACAUCAGCAACACCAGUUGCUGUAAAAUUUGAUUGUAGUAAGAAGAAUCCAUGUAGCACGAUAAGACUUGAAGAUGUGAAACUCACUUAUAAGAAUCAAGCAGCCAAAGCAUCAUGUGUCAAUGCCGGAGGAACAACUUCUGGCUUAGUCGAACCCACAAGCUGUUUGUAA